AUGUCUCAACCACCCGCACCCAACCCCCACCACCCCUCCCCCACCACAACCUCCACCGCCGCCCAAUGGCGCGACGAAAUCUCCCGCCGUGAACGAGCCUUCACUCUCUCCGCCCGCCAAACUCCCACCACCCCCACCACCCCUACCUCGCCGCACCUGCCCCCCGCCCGCCGUGCCCAACGCAGCUACGAGCCGCCCCCAAAGCCCGCCUCCACCGCCCCCGACACGCCCCCACCCAAGCCGCAGAUCUACCUCGACGAGGGCUGGCGGGAGCGUGCCGCGGCCACGGCCACGGCACCCCCCAAAACCCCCGUGCCGAAAAAGACGGCCGCGGCGAAGAGACGGCCGGUGCAGCGGAGAAAGAGGGCGAGGAAGAAUGCGAAUGCUGGUGACGAUGGAGGGGAGGAGGAGACGGGGAAUAGAGAUGAGGUGAUGAUGAUGAGGGGGUCGGAGGAGCUGUUUGGAAGCUCCCCGGGGAUGGCGUAUGCGCCGGAGUUAAAUACAAGUGUGAAUGGAAGCUCGCCCGUCAAGAUGCCGUAUGCAACAAAUACAAAUAUUGGUAGCUCCCCCAUCAAGCUACCCUACGCAUCCACAAAUAGCAGCGGCAACACCAACGGCAACGGUAGCUCCCCCGUCAAGCUCCCCUACCGCGCCUCAGUCCGAACACGAGCCCCAGCCAGCACCUCCCCCAGCAAGCUGCCCUACCAAAACCAAAACCAACCCCAAAACGGGCCCGCUGAGAACCCAAACAGCCCCUGGAGCUCCCCGCUCACUGCCAACGCCAACAUCCCCAACACGCAGUGGAGCCUCCGCAAGGAGAUCGAAGCCUCCCUCACGCAGCUCGCGGCACAGACUAACAUAAACGCAAACGCCGAACGCUUCUCGUCGCCGGGGCCAGCACCCAGACCGCCGCAGGCCAGGACCCGCGGGAAGUCGCUGGUCGACCUGUACCAUGACCAGCACCCGCUACCUACGCCCCCCCAGCUCGGGGGCAGCAGCAGCAGCCUUCUGCAGCAUCAUAAUGGAAAUACACAGAUGCAGAUGCAGAUGCACGGUCACCAGGUGAAUGGGCGGAUGAUGCAGCAAAACGGAAACGGGGUGAGCCAAUUGCAAGCUCAAAACCAAAACCCGAAUAUGAAUAUGAAUAUGAAUCUCAACAACGGUGGUGGCUUCACCAACUUCUACCCGCCGCAGCCGUCGAACGCGGGCGGUGCGGCAGCUGUUGCGGCGGCCCAGAUGUAUAAUAGCAAUAGCAAUGUGCAGCAGCAGCAGCCGAUGGUGAAUGCUUUCGCUAUGAACCAGGCGGGCCACCAUCCUGCUGCUAUGGGGCCCAAUGGACAAUACCACCACCAGCAUCAGCAGCAGCAACAGCAGCAGAUCAAUAGGAAGCCACCCGUCGUCACUGCCGGCCAGAACAACGGUAGUUAUACCAACUUCCAAAACCACAAUCAGAACACGGGCCCGUACAGCUACGGCGCCCCCAUCCCUGCCGUGGCCGCAGUGGGACAGCUGCAGAACGCGGACCUGAGCAACUUCAAGAAAUACAACCCCACCCACCCAAACCACCCCACCACCACCACCACCACCGGUCUGCAGAAUCCUCGGCACAUCCUCAAGUCCAACACCACCCCCACUGCCACUGACCAAGCUCCCAUCCAGCCCGCCGCCGCCGUCCUUCAACAACCACAACAGCAGCAGCAGCAGCAGGUGAAUACAUACAACAACCCCGCGCUCGCCGAGUACGUAGCGGCGCAGGGGAGCCUGGGCGACUUCCGGAGCUUGGAUAAGUACAGCCCGAAUAUCAAUAUCAGUAUCCCGCAGGCUCAGGCUCAGGCUCAGCAGCAGAAGGAAGAGGAGGAGAGGAAUGAGGCGAUGGUGAAGCAGCAGUUGUAUGAGCAGUGGAAGCAGCAGGUGCAGGUGCAGCAGCAGAUACAGAUGCAGUUGCAGAUUCAGAGGCAGCAGAUGCAGCAGCAGCAGGUACAGCAGCAGCAGGUACAGCAGCAGCAGAAGCAGAUGCAGAUGCAGGUACAGCAGCAGCAGAUGCAGAUGCAGCAGCAGGUACAGCAGCAGGGUCAGGUACAGCAGCAGCAGGUACAGCAGCAGCAACUUCAAGUACAGCAGCAUCAAGUACAGCAGCCACAACUUCAAGUCCAGCAGCACCACCAAGUCCAGCAGCAGGCCCAGCAGCCACAGCAGCGUCAGGUCCAGCAACCGCAGCAGCGCCAGCAACCGCAGCCGGUCAACUUACAAGCUGCCCAUGACCGCGGCAUGUUCGGGUUCGACUCGGCCAUGUCCCAACAAGAUAAACAGGCCGCCAUCAAUAGCAAGCUACUAGAGGUGCAUGCUGCCUCCAAGAAAAGGAAGAUGCUGAACGCUGCUGCGGGCAGCCCGCAGACUAAGAAGGGAAGAGUCAACAAGCAAAAUAUCAACCAGCCAAUAACGCAGAACCAGCAGGCGGUGCAGAAUUACCAGCGGCAGUUGAAGCAGAAGCUUGGUUCUGUGGCCAACAGUAAUGGUGUUGGCUUGGGAGAUGGUAAGACUGGUGCGCCUGGAGCUGUACAGCAGGGGGUGGUCAGUCCUAAUGGUUUUGUCAACGCUGCUCCUGGGACUCCAACUGCUGGUUUACAGGAAGCAGUGGCUCAGAGCACGCUUCCUGAACAAGUUGGCGGGAAUGGGACUGCUCAGAAUAUGGAGACGGCGAUGGCACCUGUAGCUUCCAGGUCUCGUUCUGAAUCUGGUUCUAGCGUUGACAUGGUCCCCGUGGCUUCUGGGUCCCGUCCUGGAUCUAGUUCUGGUGCGAACAUGGACUCUGUGUCUCUGUCUCCUGGGUCUCAGGUUGGAUCUGUGAAUAUUGGGACCGCUCCUCCACAGACUCCCGCGGGAAAUGGUGCGGCAGAUUCUUUGGACUACAAUAUUGAAUAUCAAGAUCUGAUCGUCACAGAUACUACUGUCACAGUCACCCCACCCACCACCGCCAGCCUGCAGCAAAACAGCGUAUCCACAACCCCCGCUGCCACACCAUCACUGACAUCCGCCUCCACCGCCAGCGAAACAACAAUCUCCCCCUCCGCCCCGCCGCCAACUCCCGUAUCCUUCCAAAGCAAUCUCCUAAAUACCCCGAUUGACUUUGCCUCGCAGUCACUGCCCGAUCUGAUGCAGUACCUCGGCGGCAACAUCACCACCGAGGAGCUGCUCAACAUCCCCGAGGAGGAGUGGAACUGCGAUGCGGCGUUCCUGGAAGCGGCGGGACUGGCGGACCUGGACUUUUCAAUGUUUGAGAUUAAGCCGCCGGAUGUGCCGCAGCUGACGCCGCCGGAGGUGGUGGAUCGCGGGAGCGAGCUGGUGCUGGAGAGCGGCUAUUUGUCGUGGGAUGCGCCGGCGAUCACGUUUAGGCCGGGCGAUGAUUUUAUAGCAAAUGGCGGGAUGGUGGGUGAUUUGGAGGAUUGGUGGGCGGCGAAGUAG